AUGAAAGUUUUAAGUAAUGAUAGCAUGAGGCUCAAUCACCUUGAAAGGCAUUUGAAGCAACAACAUCCUACUCUGAUUUUGAAGACGAAAGAGUUUUUUUCUUCUAAAGCAGAAUCACUCAAGCGGAAGAGACUGGAUACAUCGGGAAGUUAUCACACAGCUUUGGCUUACAAAACAUUGCCACAGACUAGUGCUUUGAACAGUCGGUUAUUUACUUUACUUUGCGAGGAUCUCGAUUCUGAUCACAAAGUUCUUUUGUUCCAUACAGAAGUACGCUGGCUGUCCAAAGGCAACAUGUUGGCUCGCCUUUAUGAAUUGAAAGAAGAGGUAAUUCUUUUUCUUGAGUUCAAAGAAAAAACACGAUUUCUUGACAAUGUUCAAAGAUGA